AUGCCUGUGUUUCCGACGUUGGCGGCUUUUUUUCGUCGCCACAAGAAGAAACUCCUCUGGACCUCGGCAGUGGGCUUCUCCUUGUAUCUCCUUGUGAAUCAGUUCGUCAUUAAGCGCUUCCGCAACUUCCAGAAUUCAUUGAAACAGGAGCUUCUUGUGAAAGAGCAGAUAAGGCGUCGCUUUAUUCAGACUCAGCAGGAUUGCUAUUUGACGAUAUUGGCGUUAUUACCUGUGUUAACUCAGCCAGUACUCAAUUUCUUGCCCACGGAAGCGAUCACCCUGGCUCUCAAGAGGAAAAAGAAUACCAACAAGGAAAUGAGCGAUUCUCUCACCACAGAGAACUUGAUGGCCCAUUCGAGUCAGGAUAUAGGUGGAUCUACGUCGGAUUUGCUGGUAUUCUUAUCCAAGUCCAAGCUCGAGUUGUGGCACGAUUUGAAGGUCAAAUCGAUAUCGAGAAUGCUCGCUCUCAUCUACUCAUCUGCCGGUUUACUCUUGCUUACCCGUCUUCAGCUAAACAUCUUGGCUCGUAAGGCCUACCUUGAGCUGGCUAUCGUGAUGGCUGGAGGCUCUGUUCCACAAAACUCGCAAUCAUCAUUUGAUUACUUCAUUGAACAAAGUUAUCUUUCCUUGAGUUGGUGGCUCCUUAACCACGGGUGGAUGCGUGUGGCCAAUGGCCUUGAGACCCUUGUGGAGAGCAAGUUCAAAGAAAUUACUCCCAAAACAGAAAUGACUGUCGAGACUUUCACUCAAAUGCUUUCGGAAAUCAAUGCUGGUGUCAUUGCCGAUGGCCAACUCGUUAAGAAUCUUUUGUUCCCUACAGAAUAUGACAGUUUGAUUGAAACACUCAUGAACACAAACCCUGAGCUCGUCAAUGAACUUGAAAACAAGGAGUCUAAUUUGGUUAAGCUUAUCAAUGAGACCAACUUUAUCAUCGCCAACGACUUCACAUUGCAUGUAUUUUCUCUGCUUGUAAGGAGCGGUGUCGACACUUUGGGUGAUAGCAUUUCUGUUGCUCUUAACCCCGACAACGUUCCCGGCAGAGUGCACAAGCUUGCAACGUUUUUGGCACAGUUAUCUGUACAAUCCAGUGUGAUCUGCGAUCCUCAAAAUGCCAGCGAGGAUGAAGCAGGAACAGGAAACAUCUACAUCAACAACUUUAACGACUUAGACGAGCUUGACGAGUUCAGCGCCAGUAUCUAUUCUAAUUUUGAAUAA